AUGCUCUGUUCCUGAUGCAGCAUCUUCAUAGCGCCCCGUGUCUGGGUCUCCAGAAUGCUGAAACUGUGUUUGCUGAGGGUUCGUGUUCCAUAUGUGAGAACAUGUCCCUGGUGGAUUUACGGAGAUGGGUGUGGUUUCUCCGGGAGUGGCACCCGCCUUCCAAAUCAACUCCAGGGUGGAUCUUCGCUUAGUAGCUUAUAGUGCUGAACCGGUCUGCUGGUCCGUCCAGUGGCCCUCGGCGCCCUGAUCCACCGCCAGUGGAGGUGCCGAUAGAAACGAGUCGGUCCUCCUCCGGAGGCUGAUCCUGGAUCUCCGAGACAAAGAUGUGUUAGGUCGUACCAACUAUGACUGUUGCGUAUAUCCAAAGCCCCCGGUCGGUUCAGAUGAUUUGGAAACGUUUCGGAAGGGCACAGAUAGAUCUGUUUGCUUCUCCAGAGACAGCCCAUUGUCGCCUGUUUUAAUCAUUAACUGACGUGUGUGUGUGUGGGGGGGUCUAGUUCUUACUUUUUUGUGUGUGUUUCUAUCAGGUUUCGUGGGAUCUUAUUACUGCUUGCAGCCAGGACCGGUGAUGGAAACGCAGUUAGAAGAAACUUCACAGGUGUUUUUAGUCAAAGCGUCACAUUACAAUGUCCUAAAACCCGGACCAUUCCUGUCACACGAUUGUACAUACAUAAAAAUACUGAAACCAGUCCAGUAUUCAUCAAUGGUUUUGAUGCAGAGAGAGCACUACCAGUGGAUUUUCAGUACAAGUACAGGACCAGCAUCAACCGAACGGACCUCAGCAUGGAAAUGAAAAACAUCUCAUUUCCAGAUGAAGGAUUGUACAAAUGCAUUGUUUUUUACACCCCAACAGAUAAAGAAGAAUUCACAUUGCAUCUCAAAGUCACAGCUCCUCUGCCCGUUCCUGUCAUCACCAGAGACUCUUCAUCAAGCUCAAAAUGUGUGUUUUUGUGUUCAGUGUUGAAUGUGAGAGAUGUGAGUCUGUCCUGGUACAAAGGAAACAGUUUAUUGUCCAGCAUCAGUGUGUCUGAUCUCAACAUCAGACUCUCUCUACCUCUGGAGGUUGAAUAUCAGGAUACAAACACAUACAGAUGUGUACUCAACAAUCCCAUCACAAACCAAACUCAACAUCUCAACAUCACUCAACUCUGUCAGACGUGUUCAAAUGUCAUGACUUUGACAGUGUUGAUAAUAUCUGUUGUGCUGCUGGUGUUCAUGUCUGUUGCCGUGAUUCACUGUUACUGCAGAAAAUCUCUACAAACUAUACAAGAAGGCAAGAAUUAUUUACAAAUUACUAUAAACAUAAAUUUUGUUAUCCAUGAGAAAUGUUUGUCAGAAUACACAGAGAUCAUCUACAGACUUCAGAUCAGAGAUGACUUUUCAUCUCAUCUGCCCGUUCCUGUCAUCACCAGAGACUCAUCAUCAAGCUCAAACUGUUCAUUAUUGUGUUCAGUGUUGAAUGUGGAUUAUCAGGAUACAAACACAUACAGCUGUGUGGUGAACAAUACCAUCACAAACCAAACUCAACAUCUCAACAUCACUCAUCUCUGUCAGCCGUGUUCAGAUUGUGUCAGUUCUUGUGAUAAGACUGAAGCUGUGAUCCGAUUGGUUGUCUCUGCUCUGGUGGGCGUGGCUGCUGUCUCUGUUCUGCUGUUUUGA